AUGCUAAUAAAGUCGCGAGCUUCACUCUUGUUUUCCAUUUCAAUUCCAAAAGCUGAAUGUAUUGAGACUCACUCGAGUAUAGCUUUGUCUAAAAGGCUAAUCCCACACCACAUUCACACCAAAUCAUUCAUCGAAAAUUCUAAGAUGAAGAUGAUUAACAUUCUUUUCCUUCUCGCUCUUCUCUCGUAUACUUCCCAUGCUUCUGUCAAUGAUUUCUGCGUAGCAGACCUAAAGGGUCCAGAUAGCCCUUCAGGCUAUCAGUGCAAGCCACCUAACACAGUGACAGUGGAUGAUUUUGUAUUCAGUGGCUUUGUAGCUGGAAACACCACUGGCGGUUUCAAUGCUGCCGUAACCCCCGCAUUUGUCAAUGAACUUCCAGGUGUGAAUGGUCUUGGUUUAUCUGUAGCACGGUUAGACAUAGCCAAAGGUGGAGCUGUUCCAAUGCACUCACAUGCUGGUGCCAGUGAAAUACUCAUGAUGGUGAAGGGUCAAAUCACUGCUGGCUUUAUAACACCUGCUGGAGUUUAUCAGAAGACACUGAAACCAGGAGAUGUUAUGGUUAUCCCACAAGGACUCAUGCAUUUCCAAGCAAAUUCUGGUAAGGGAAAAGCCACUGCUUAUCUUGCUUUCAGUAGUCCAAGCCCAGGAGCUCAACUACUUGACCUUCUUUUAUUUGGCAACAACUUGCCUUCUGAGUUGAUUGCACAAACUACUUUGCUUGAUUAUGCACAAGUGAAGAAGCUCAAGUAUCGUUUUGGUGGCAGAGAAUAG